AUGGCCAUCGCCACAGACUCAGAGGGGACACUCGGAAAAGUCAUGAUUCACGAAGAGAACGAUGAUGAUUUCCAUCAAGGCAACGGUAGGGAGUUCCAGACGUUCCCGUAUUCAACAAUCAGCAUCUCGAACAGAGAUGAAAAGGAGGGCUUACUAGUAUGGGAGAGUCAAAAGUAUGCAACACCAGAUAAUGCAAGUAUUGUGAUUUCUGCAGCGGGACCAGACUUUAUCCCUGAGGGGAUUAUUUCAUUCGCGCAACGACACAAGAGUAGUGAUGGCCUGACGUUGCACAGGUGCACACAGCAACGCGUUCCAAGGCAGCAGCAGGCACAUAAGUGCGAUCAAGAAACAAACCUAGAGGUAGUUAAGACCUUCUUGGGGCCUGGUGAUCCCGUGGAGACUUCGCUUUGCCCAUAUGCGAGUUUGGCUCAUCCAUGGGGUGAUCGGAUAACAAGUAGAGACUGCGUGUCCAGGUAUCGUAUUCCGCCAUGGGACAGACAACAAUUAGCAGAAUCUAAGCCCCAACAGCUGCAACACAUGGUUGGAGCGCCUUUUGGCAUUAUUCAGUCGAGGUACCUGAAUGAAGCCAAACGAGUUAAAACGUAA